AUGUCUCGAAAAUAUAAUGUCGUUGUAUCAUUGUGGAAAAUCUUUUUAUCUACAAAUGUAAAUAUAAGUGUAUCUACAAAUGGAAGCUGUUAUGAAAUUCGUGUGAUUAUGUCGGUUGUUAUAAUCGCGUUUGCUGUCAUCACUCAUGAGAUGCGCACUCAUCAUACUGUCACCAAAACCCCAACCUCUCUUUUUAUUCUAGGCGGAUUUUCCAACCCGAACCAUACUUCAUUUGCUCAGUCUUACUUUCCAAUAGCCGGCCACACAACUCACUGGUAUUCUGAAAAUCUAUUGGUCUUAUUCGGUCAGACUCUGACAAACCUAGGUCCACCCCUGAAGAUCAUAAACCCAAACAAUAAAUACAAUACAAACUUAAUAUCAUCAUCAUCAUCAUCAUCGCACCCUGAACCACAAAGUCGUAUGCACCACACAUCAGUACUAUCCAAUGAUACUCUGUGGGUGAUUGGUGGCCAAACCUCAGAUCCAACAAAGGCAUUUGCAGAUAUUUGGGCGUUGUCUAUUAGCAAACAACGCUGGACGCACAUAACUGAUUUAGAGAAGCCAAUUACAGGCCAUUCGUCAAUCCAAUAUAAAUCUUGGUUGAUAUCUUGCUUUGGUGUUACAUCCUACAUGUACUCCAAUCAAUGUACCAUAUUUGACACUGUUCAACAAAUAAUGAUUCCUACUAGUAUAAUUCCGGAUAAAAUCCUAGGAUUAGGCGGAAUACCACGAGCGCGCACUAGCACCACAAUGUCUUUAGUUAAUGACCGGAUCGUUGUAUUUGGUGGACAGAACGGAGACGAGUUUAUGUCGGAUGUGUGGCAAUUGGAUCUAAAAGACGCACCCCAAUUGGCGUGGAACCACAUGCAGUCAAACUUAGUUGAACCACGUUCUGGCCAUGUAGCUGUCCAGUUGAAUUCCUCGCUUAUUCUCUAUCAUGGAGGCCAAACCAGCCUACACUCCCUAGCAACUCGCCACCUCUUCCUUUCCCUACCAAUGUUUACAUGGACCGCCUCUGAAUCACUCGAACACUACACCAAGCGAUCGCCAAUCGCCGCUGACGCAGAUAACGAAAUCGUACACGCCUAUGCCACCGACAGAGAACCAUCUGCAAAUGCAAAAUCUGGCCCAGGAGUAGGAAUGAUCGUGGGUAUUGUGGUCGCUGUACUGGCCUUUGUUGGAAUUGCAAUCGGUCUAUUGGUGUGGCACAGACACAGGCGUGUUCGCGGUAGACGCCACCCCCAGUCAAGGGCAACUCGUUUCAGCCUUUCUCCUCCGCCAGGCUCUCGCCAGGCACGCUACAGUUCAGCUUCAAUUGCUCCCAGGCUGUCGAUGAAUAGCAUACUGGCUAGACAACAUUCGGCAGGCAUGGAAGAUUUCUUGAUCGCAAAGCCAGAAAUGGCCAUGACCCGAGCAUCGAUUAUAAACCAAGCAGCCUCGAGGCCAACAUCGCUAGUUUCCCAUCGAAUCAGCAGUCUACUCGACCGGCGCCAGAGUCUCGCUACAUCGAAUCCUAGUGUUGGAGACAGGCGACAAAGUCUGAUGAAUUCUAGUGUCAGCCUAGGGUUAGGAACCGGCGGAGACAGACGUCAAAGUCAGACCAUAUUGAACCAACUAGGCAAUAAUAACAGUAAUACGAAUACUUGCAGUAGUGCAAAUACGAACUCGAAUACGUCCAAUAUGAAUCUUAGUAAUGUUCCGGAGUCUAGUGAGAUGUUUGUACCUCCGCACAUACGAGGUUCCGAUCUUCAUUUACCAUCACUGGACCAGGUGUGUGAGCAGGCCAGUCAAGAGAGUCUUGUACUGGGCAGCCAGCAUUCUACAACCGAGCCUGAUGAUCGCACUGACCCACCUGUUGUGUCCAAGCGACGUCGGCGAGAGAGUAAGGCACUCAAAAGACUCACGCUGACGAUAUUUUCCAACCGUAAUUCGCAAGGAGAAGAUUCACCCGUGUCUGGUUCUCCUUCAAACAAGUUUUUGAAGCGGUACACAAUUGCCUCUACACCUACCAGUGAGUCACCCUCUCCUCAGGCGCCAAAAACCAGUCGGAGAUCAAGUUUGUUUCGACUAUUGCAGCUUCCUGUGCCUGCAGCCUCUUCAGCUUCUACUAGUGCCGGUGCUUCUUCUUCAUAUCCUUCUAGUGCAUCAGUGUACAAUAAGAGAUCAAAAGGGUCGAUGCUUGACCCUCGGCCUUCGAAUGUAGGAUCAAUUGGAGCCAAGUCAGUAGCAUCUGUACAGUGGGUGGAAUUUAAUGAUGCAAUGGAUUACAAAGAACAAGGGGACAGUCGACCUGUUCCCUUGAGUGUGGCAAAUCCUUAUCGACGGAGUGUAUUUACAACUCGGAGUAGUCUUAGCCUGGAGAGCAGUAAUCAUUCGGCUCACAGUAGCUGUGCAAAUAGUCCGCUUUCUUCACCUCAGAGUCCAACUUUUGUGAUUUCUCCUCCGUCUCAUUAUCAUUUGACAAUGCUGGAAACAAUGUCUUGGGGAGAUGAGCUGAUGCAACGUCAGAGACAAGUUCAAACACGCGACGACAUUCCAUCAACAACGACAUCAAAAUUGCGAAUCACUAAUGACGAACCAGCAUGA